AAAACUAAAAUGUAUCCGCACUCGCCUAGGCAUUUGAUCAUAACAUCUGGUGGAUAGCUGCUAAGUACUCGGCAUUCACUUCCGUCAUGAAUACUCAAGUCUGGAUACUAUUCCUAGUAUCGAUUGCCAGUGCAAGUGGAAUAUUCUUCGAAAAGACAACUUCAGCACGAAGAGGUGGAUCAGAUGAUGAUAUAAUAGGCGGACUGAAGCAAUACUUUGGAUACACACCAGAGGCGGAAACCAGCAGCUUAAACAAAACAUCUCACCAAGGAACGGAGCCGACCACGGGUUUUUAUGAUGAUGUGGACACGGCUCUGGAAGAGGCAACAGAUACUGUGGACGGUCUGUGGCAGCAAUUUAAAAAGGGACUUUUCAGUCUAAUGGGCAGUUUCAGUGUCGGCGAUGACGGCAAUGACGGACAGGUUGCACCCACAAAGGCGACCGUUCCGCCUACUCCCGCCCACAAGACAACAAAGCCAAUUGCAAAUGAGACGUCUGCUGUAACGGAGCCAGCUCCCGCGGCGGCUGUCGCUUCAUCAACAACAACAAAAGCCACGGUGGAAAUAAUAGCAUCAACUACAGCGGCGACAAAAACUGCAACAGAACCUAUAUCCACGGAAGCAACUACCACAAGGGUGACUGCAUCGACGAUGGUAACAACCACAUCCCCACCAGCCACAAGCACUGGAGCUCCAUGAGAAGACAUUCUACAGACUAACCUUCGCAUUGAAUAUUGCCCGUCAUUGUUUGCUUGAAACCAGCUGAGCUGGAGUAUUUA